UGAGAUACACACCUAUCCAGAUUGUACUAUAAAAAGACUACCACCCAGCCAUGCUUUCCAACAAACUUGAUGGACCGCGUCGAGGACGGUCUUUUGACUCCAUCAAUACGUUUUACGAAGAGGAGAAACUCAACGAUGAGAUGAACAAAUCUACUUUGAACAAAACAGAUGGGAACAAAGAUAAAAUAAUAUCCUCCAAGAGAGAACAUGCUGCAAUUGUCUUCUCUCUAAAGAAUGAAGUUGGAGGUCUUGUGAAGGCUUUGAAACCAUUUCAGGACAACCAGGUAAACCUUUUACAUAUUGAGUCACGCAAGUCCCGUCGGCGGAACUCAGAGUUGGAAGUACUGGUUGAUUGUGACAGUGAUCGAGAAACUCUGAAAGAAAUCGUUCAGCUGCUGUGCAAACAAACAAGCAUUAUAGCCAUGGACUCACCUGAUACGUUCUGCACUCCUGCAAACGAUCUUGCAGAGGUGCCUUGGUUCCCCAAGAAAGUCUCAGAUCUGGAUAAGAGUGCCAGUCGUGUUCUAAUGUAUGGUUCAGAUUUGGAUGCUGAUCAUCCAGGAUUCAAGGACCAUGUUUACCGAAAGAGAAGGAAAUAUUUUGCUGAUGUUGCCAUGAGUUACAAACAUGGAGAUCCAAUUCCACAUGUGGAGUUUACAGAUGAAGAGGUGAAGACAUGGGGAGUAGUGUUUCGGGAGUUGAAUAAACUAUACCCCACACAUGCUUGUAGAGAGUACCUGUGCAACUUGCCCCUGCUCACCCAAUACUGCUGCUACAGAGAGGAUAACAUACCACAACUAGAAGAUGUGUCCAACUUCCUGAGAGAGCGAAGUGGCUUUACCAUUCGCCCUGUUGCUGGGUACCUGUCACCAAGAGAUUUUCUGGCUGGACUGGCCUUCAGAGUGUUUCACUGUACACAAUAUGUGCGUCACAGCUCGGAUCCUCUGUACACUCCUGAGCCGGACACCUGCCACGAGUUGCUGGGUCAUGUUCCUCUGUUGGCUGAACCCAGUUUUGCACAGUUCUCUCAGGAAUUAGGAUUGGCUUCUCUUGGGGCAUCAGAUGAUGCUGUACAGAAAUUGGCAACAUGCUAUUUCUUCACAGUGGAGUUUGGUCUGUGCAAACAAGAGGGUAAACUCAGAGCAUAUGGUGCUGGGCUUCUCUCAUCCAUCAGCGAACUUAAGCACUCUCUCUCAGGCACUGCUAAAAUCAUGCCCUUUGAGCCCAAAGUCACCUGUAACCAGGAGUGUCUCAUCACCACCUUUCAAGAGGUGUACUUUGUUUCUGAGAGCUUUGAGGAAGCCAAAUUCAGAAUGCGUGAGUUUGCAAAGACAAUCCAGCGUCCAUUUUCACUGCGAUAUAACCCAUACACACAGAGUGUAUGUGUGCUGAAGGACAUGCCCAGCAUCAAUAACGUAGUUGAGGAGCUCAGACACGAGCUGGACCUUGUAGGAGAUGCUCUCUGUCGACUCAGUACACAUAUGGCAUCUUGGUCUUCCAGUUGAGCUACAGGAGGAGAAACCUCAUACUGUUUUCUAUAGUCUAGCUGAUUCAGUGAGGGCUCUUAAAACACACCAAGCAAACACCAUCAUAGCUAUUUAUAACAGACCUCACACUAUAUUCAUACAGUCUGUAUUCUCUAUGCUUCACUCCACUCAGUUUAUUAGUAGUUUAUAAUUUUCUAAGGAAAGGUUAUGUUUGAAAAGCACUUGCAUCACAUUUACCAACAUUAUAGCUUAAGGCAUUCUCACAUCUAUGCUACCUUUUAAAAUCCUUCAAAAUUAUCAAAACUCUAAACUACACCUUAUAUUACUCUUUAAUGCAUUCAUUGUGUAUUCUUAGUCUGUUUGAUGUCUUCGUUGUUUUACACAGCACCAAAAGUAAAACUUAGCAUGCACCAACUUCAUUAUACAUGUUCUUGAAUGCUGAAUAAUGUAUUUAUUUGUGCUUGUGAUAUAAAUAUGUUUAUUUUCCACAAUGUUUCACCUAUUGGCUUCAUUCUGUGUAUGGACCUGGAAUUGUGGUGUGAACAUCGUGUAUGUGUGUGUGCAUCUGUUUUGUGUUUGGAAGACAGUAUUAAUGCUUGCUGCUUGUCCUGGGACAUUUUUUUUAAACAAGUUUGGCAUAGUAAUUUUGAAACUGGAAUUUCAUGCACAGAUAAGGAAGGAGAGGAUCAAAACAUAAUAAAUAAAUACAGAAAAAUGAAUUGCACAGUAUUUCUGAAAUAAAAUAUCUUAUUAAACCCACUCUGAUGAUGUUUGUUGGCCUUUAAUCAUCAUGUCCAACAAACAAUCAUCAUCAUUAUAAUAUUACAUUCCAAAGAAGUGAUGACCCCUCAAAACUCAUGCUUCCUGCAGUGAGAUACUUUGGCCAGCAGAGAGCAGCAAUGCUGUUCUCUUAAAGUUCUUUCACAAUUGAUUACAGUAAAACUCAAACUUCAAGAGAUAAUUUCCCCCAAUUAAAAAUGCUGUAAUCAUGUACUUAUCCUACUGUUGUUACAAAAUCAGACUUUCUUUCUUCUUAUAUAAACACAAUCAAUAUUUAACUAUUUAAUAUCUGUAACUAAUCCCAAGUCAUGUUUGUAAUA